AAUGGACGGAGAGACAGCACCUGAAGGAUACGUAGUUGAAAAAUGUGGAGAGAGUGAGGCAAAUGAAGAGGAGCAGACGACAAUUCCUGAAAAUGUGGACCCUCUUCAAAUCUUCCGAAUGCCAAAACGAAUGACACUUCCCGAAAAGCAGAAAAACUCCGAUGAAACCAUUGAAAAGAAUCUUCGAUUUUGGAAAGAAACACUCGAAAAUCAACGGAUCACAAAAGUUCUAGCGCCGAUGGUUGAUCAAAGUGAAUUAGCAUUUCGAAUGUUCACAAGGAAAUACGGAGCCCAAUUGACAUUUACUCCAAUGAUUCAUGCACAUUUAUUUGUCAAUGAUGGAACUUAUCGAAGAAAUUCACUAGCAUUGGUUAAAGCAGAUAGACCAUUGGUUGUGCAGUUCUGUGCUAAUAAAGUUGAUACAUUUCUCGCCGCUUGUCGUCUCGUCGAAGAUGUUUGUGAUGGUGUAGAUCUUAACCUGGGAUGUCCACAAAUGGUUGCAAAACGAGGAAGAUAUGGAUCCUGGCUUCAAGACGAAGUUGAUUUGAUUUGUGAGAUGGUAUCAGCUGUUAGGGAUUACUGUAGACUACCGAUUUCCUGUAAGAUACGAGUUAGAGAUGAUAGACAACAGACAGUAGAAUAUGCAAAGAGAUUGGUUGAUGCAGGUGCAACAAUGUUAACUGUUCACGGUAGAACUCGAGAUAUGAAAGGAGCUGAAACAGGUUUAGCUGAUUGGAGUCGUAUUCGAGAUGUUGUUGAAGCUGUUGGAUCAAGAGUUCCAGUUAUGGCUAAUGGAAAUAUUCAGUUCCCCGGUGACGUUGAACGAUGUAUGCAGGCUACUGGAGCCGUUGCAAUUAUGUCUGCAGAAGGACUUCUUUACAAUCCUCUAAUCUUUGAUGAUGCAAAUGCUCAUGUAGACACGUGGAAAAUCGCUGCAGAAUAUCUAGAAUAUGCCAAAAAGUUUAAUGCAGGAACUAGUGCUAUUCGGGCUCAUGUUUUUAGAAUCUGCCAUCACAGUCUCUUAGAAUAUGAAGAUCUCCGGAUGCGAGUAUCCUUAGAACAUCGUAUCGAAGAUUUUGAAAAUAUUGUUGAAGAACUUGCAAAGAGAGCAAAAUCAGACGCAGAAGCAGGGAAAAAUCGAGAAGUUGAAGCAAGAACACUUUUUGAAAAUAUUCGAAACGGAAUACUAAUGAAUGCAAUAGAAGUUUCAAAGCAACCCCAUUGGAUUUCAAAACCAUACUUCAGAUUGAAAGAGGUUGCAAAAGAAUCGAUUGUCGGAGAAGGAGAAAAGACUUUCCGAGAGAAACAGAAGGAAAAGCUUGCACAGACUGCAAAGGAAAUGGGCGUAUCUAUGAAACAAGCUCGUAAACGAGAACGUCGGCAACUAUCAGGAGCCCGGAUCCUUGAAGCAAAGAAGAUCAAGUUCCCUCCAUGUGCCCGUUGUGGACAACCUGCUGGACAAGGAUGUGCUAAUAGCAAAUGCAAAAAAUGUUGUAGAUAUCAGAGUAAACACGAAUUAUUGGAUUGUAAACCUCAUCGCUAUCUCUUCGCUAGUCAACCUCCUGCUGUCAGCGCUGAAAACUGAAUUCUUGUGUGAUCUUUGUCCAAAGUUGACUGGGAUUUUUGAAUUGUUAAUUUCUGUUGAAUUUGUUUUUUUUCUGUUGGAAACUUUUUGAAAAUAUAUGAAUUUUAAAGAAUCAAUUAAUGAACAAUUAAAGAAC